AUGUCUGCAGAUGAUAGUUUGACCGCCAUAGUUGCGAGCCUAGGCGCAGGGCCAGGUACCCAGUCAUCAAAUCCGCCGGGCGCUGCCCAGAGCAGGACGAUUGCAAACAAGAAGACUCCUCGCUUAUCUACCGUAGCCAGUAAAGCACAAGCUAGAGGGAAGAACGCAAACCCUGAAUCGUCCGAAGAUGAUGACGAAGGUCAGGAAGGUGACGUGAUCACCGAUCUCCUAAGAGAAACCGAGGCAGGUAUGACCGCUCAAACAAACUCAAAAUAA